GUAAAAUAUCAAGAUCUUGCAUCCAACCUGUGACCCUGUCGGAGAGCACAUAAAACGAAUGAACGGUUAAACUUUGUCUGAAGCUUUGGAGAAUCACCCUGUGCUUUGUGAUGAUAACAUGAGCAUGUAUAAAUCAGGUUUGGACAUGCUCAGAUGUGCUCUGAGAUCCACGCCACUGUGGAAAUGUGACUCUUUUACAUGGACACAGACGUCUUUAUGUUAUAAAAGCAGAGGCUUUGCUGUGUCAUCUCAGCUGGGGAGAAAAAGCACACAAGGACACGCAUUAAAACAAAUCCGGUAUUACAGUCAGAGUGGAGAAGAAGUUCUUAAUGUUCAGAUUAAACGAGCUGCUGCCUCUCCAGAGACCAGCGAACUCUCAGAUAAAGCAGAAAGGACUCCUUUCUACACACAUUUGCAGAACUCGUCGUGCCCCACGGAUGUGCUGGACACGUUGAAACGGUUCCCCGCGUCACAUCAGCACCUCAGCAGCAUCUUCUCGCGCAUGUGGGAGAGCUCAAAGUGGAUGACGGACGAGCAGCGGCGCUGUGAGCUGCAGCUGAUGUUUGAGCACCCGAUGUUUGAGGAGGUCUGUGAACGCGCCGUGACUGACGCCUGGCGCAUGAGGAGCGAAGAUCUAGCCUACAGUCUGCUGGCCAUCGUCAACCUGGGAGUUUCACAAAACACAGGUGUUGUGCAGACGCUGCUGCGUGUCAUACAGGUGAGUGAAGUCCUGAGAAUCUGA